CAAUAGGAUGGCUGGAGCUGUAUUGUGCAGUAGCUUGACCUCACUUCCAUUCACAUGCUAAUGGCUGCCUAGAGCUUCAGGCUCAUGGUGAAACCGACACCGCCAACCUCAAAAGCUGCUGGCAUCACACUUUGCUUUAACGUCAACAGUAGCAACGACAUCAACAGCCAUUGCCCUGGUCACAUCUCCGAAAUGGUCAGCGUCAACUCAGCCCCCCCACCGUACUCAGUGCUCAAUGGUGGUGCGAAUGCAGCGACUGUCCACAAGCUCGUUGUCGGCGUCGACUUCGGCACCACUUACACCGGCAUCAGUUGGGUGUCUACCGAGGGCGGCCAUGUCAAGAUCUUGGAAGAUGUUCAUUGCGUGAGAGACUGGCCAGGACCGGGAAGAGACGGUGACUUCUCCUGGAAGACUCCAUCUCGCAUCGCAUAUGCCAAGGAGAAUGAUAACGCAUCGAGCAACGCGUGGGGCUACGAAGUCUUGCCACGCUACAAGUCCUUUGCUUGGAUGAAGCUGCUUCUCGACCCAAAGCAGGCGACUAAAUACGAUGAUCCAAGCCUUGGCGACAGUGAAGGUACCGGUGUCUUGAGCAGACCAGCAGGCAAGUCUGCCGUUGAUUUAUGCGCCGACUUCCUGGCUGAAGUGGGCAAAUUUGCGUACGAAUCGCUUUCCAAACGCCUAUCUGUCGAAGUCUUGAAGGCCACUCCCAUUGAGUUCUGGUUCACUGUUCCCGCUGUGUGGAGUGACAAGGCCAAGGCCGAUACUCUACGGGCUGCGCGCAAGGCUGCUAAGCAAGCAAAGCUGAAGAUUCAUGCUGAGAGCCAAGUCUUCCUCAUCCGCGAGCCAGAAGCUGCCGCCGUUGCUACCCUGUCUUCGCUCACGCAAGGAGGAUCCGAGCAGCAGAUCAAGGCGAAUGACAGUAUCAUGAUCUGCGAUUGUGGCGGAGGUACUGUCGAUAUCACUACCUACGUGAUCACUGGCAUAACCCCUAAACUGGCGUUCAAGGAGCUGUUGGUGGGAACUGGUGGAAAGUGCGGUUCUACCUACAUCGAUCGAGAGUUCAUCAAGUUUAUGGAGAAGAGAUUUGGUGCUGCCUACACUAACUUGAAGUGGGAAAAACGCGGGCCAGCAAGUCGUCUCAUGAAGGACUUCGAGAGUCACAAGCGCGAUUUCGGCAAGUCGAAAGAUGCCAAGCGAUUCUACGAAAUGCAGCUCUACAUGGAAGACGUUGCGGAGUCCAAGUACUACGACGAGGACGAUUUCAUGGUCAAGAUCUAUCGUGACGACCUCAAGAAGAUGUUUGAGCCAGUGGUCUCUAAGAUCACUGCUCUGCUGCAGAGUCAAUUGGAUGCUGAGAAGGCACAGUUUGGCAAAUCAACCAUCAAGACGAUCUUGUUGGUUGGAGGCUUUGGAGACUCAGCUCAUCUCAAUGAAGUCCUUCGCAAGUGGUGCCAGGAUCGUGGAAUCAAGCUACUUUGCCCAGAGCACCCGCAAUCUGCAAUUGUGCGUGGUGCUGCGUUGAGCGGUCUUCACAGCAUUCAGCCGACUUCUCGCCGUUCCCGCCUCCAUUAUGGCUUCUCCGUUCACGAGGCUUUCGACCCCCUACAGCACGACAUCCGCGAUCGAUUCGUCUGGGAGUGGAAUCAAACAUACCGGGCCAAGAAUGUCAUGCGCUGGGAGCUGUGUCAGGGCGACGUUGUCGAUGAGACUACCAACGUUGAGUGGGCCUUCUACCAGACCAUCUACCAGAACGAAGGAGCGCGCGAUAACCGUAGCACUGUCGAUCUGUACUGCAGCGGCGCUGAGGAGGAGCCCAGACACCGAAGCCACGCUAGUAUCAUCAAGCUCGCCACCAUCAACCUCGACUUCAGCAAUGUCGAUAUGCGCAACCAUGCGUACAAAAUGGUCAACCGCCGCCGCAUGUGUCGCAUCAGCUGCACCAUCCGCAUCUUCUUCGGUCACCGGCGUGGAGUCCUGGUCUUCACCUGCAUCGUUGACGGCAAGGAGAUCGGCACCACUGAGGUGAACUUCGAUGGAAACAGCAACGUUGACGCUGUUGAAGGUCCAGGCGGCGCUGGCGGCUCCAUGGCACCUUGUGCGAUGCAGUAGACAAAGCCCGCAGGGAAAAUUCGCUGCACGCAACGACCGCAUGCAACCAGCUUGAGGCGUAACAAUAGCGACAGGG